AGCAGAGCUUUACUGGAACAGAAACCUCCCUGACGGAGCUUUCAACAUGGCGACCUCCAUGGCUAAAACAUAAACGCUGCGAGAGGUCAAAAUCAAUCCUGCUUUUCUCUCACGAAGGAAAACUUAAAAUCGAAAGGCUUGAAAUCUGACCGUGAAUCAGACACAGUGUGUUUACAAUGGCUUUUCUUUCGAAUUUGAGGCCGAUGCUGUCUUCAGUCUUGCAAGCAUCUCAGUCUUCAUUCCCCUGGUCUGGAUCAGUUUUUGCCAGCUUUAGCAGGACCAUGGCUACACUCAAUCAGAUGCACCGCAGAGGUAAACUUCCCCCACCACUCAAAAAGAUUGGUGCCACUUUCGGCAGGCCGCAGCUGAAGGCUGUCGUCCUGAAGACCAUAAUCAGAAAGCCCAAAAAGCCCAACUCAGCCAACCGCAAAUGUGCACGAGUCCGCCUUUCCAAUGGCAAGGAAGCUGUGGCGUUCAUACCUGGGGAGGGACAUAACCUUCAGGAACACCAUGUAGUGCUGGUUGAAGGAGGGAGAACACAGGACUUGCCAGGUGUCAAACUCACAGUAGUCAGAGGCAAAUAUGAUUGUGCCCAUGUAAUUAAGAAGAAACAGUAAAUUCUCUUGUUUAUUACUGGAACUGUUCCAACAUUGAAGACCUACAGUCGAGUGCUAUGUUUGCUGAUGUUUAUUUUCAGAAUCCUUAUAUUUUUUUCAUUAAAAUGACAUCCCCAUGCUUCGGGAAUGUUAUUUGAAGUGUAUGGAUAUUCAUGAUCUUGGCUUCACAGUUGCAACAAAAAUAAACCUGUUAUGACCCAAACA